AUGAAAAUAACGGGAGAGUCCGAAUAUAAGAAUUGCGAAGGUGACAAUGAGAAUGCCAAAACCUGGACGAUUAUUCUUCGAAUGAGAGAUACAGCAGAACUAUGGACAGAUUCGCCCCUGAGUAAAGGUCUAAAUCAUAUCCUAUUAAACCCUUACUGGGCAAGAAUUUGGGUUAUUCAAGAAGUAGUUCUCGCCAAAAAAGCUAUGGUAAUGAUUGGAUGUAAGAAAGUAUCUCUCCAGCAGCUAGAAGGGACUCUUGGAGCCAUUGGGUAUAGCUUGACACUAGAACCCGAAAAUAGGCCUAAUACCAGCCCAUUGAACUAUCGUCUUUUCUCAAUUAGAUCGCUCGAGAUUCGGCGUGGUCUUGGAAGUUCACAUAUAUCCCUAAGAGAUAUUUUAUGGCAAACCUCUCCAAGCCCUGGAAGAUCACACUAUGAAGCAACCCACCCUCAAGACAUCGUCCUUGGACUUAUGGGUAUCUUGUCUGCAAAUGAGAUUGAGUCGUUAUCGGUCAGUUGUGAGACUUCUGAAAUGGAGACAUUCAUCAAAGUCACAACACACUUCUUUCGUCAUAAGAAAUUAGAGAGCAAGAGAUCAGGUAACGACUUCGACCUGUCCUGUUGCCCGCUCAAAACUGCCACAGAUGAUUCUGUGGCUUGGAAGAAGGAUCUUCCUUCGUGGGUACCAGACUGGGCUGAAAUUGGCCUUCACGGUGCUCAACCAUAUAAUGUGAGCUACUGGAAUUAUUCGAGACCGUGUGACCGCUUAACACCAAGUGGUGUAUCAUGGACGAGACAGCCUGCUUAUAGGCAUGAUAAUAUGUCUGGUGAUCAUGUUCUUCAGUGUCUUGGCUGUAGAGUUGGUGUCAUUGCUGAGGUGAAAGUAGUCGACUAUGAACCAGUGGUAGAUGAUCACAACCAAGCUUCAAAACACUACGACGACCUGUUGGAUGCUAGGUUUCAUUUUCUAGACAUAUUUACCCCGAGUGGCGAUACUGAACUUGACCGGAAAUUCUAUGAGGACAAUUAUGAGAACGGUUAUGACUCUGAUGUUGAAGCUUGUAUAAAGCGUCAUGAAAGCCAAAAGUUCUCAGAGGUGCCAAUCGACUGGGUCCCAAAAAAGUUCAGUAAUGCGAUGCUUGAGCAGCGACGGCAAGACAAACGACAGAAUAUCUUAUUAGCAGAAUGUUUUGCUGCAGUUCAGAACAAAAUACCAACCCUGAGCGAUGCCAUCAGAACAAAAGAGAAUGAACUAGCCAAGAAAGCCUGGGGGCGUACUCUUGCUUCUUCGAGCAUUCGGCGGACGUUAUUCCAGACUGAAAAUGGGAUGGCCGGUAUAGCAAGCGUUGCAGUUAGACCAGGCGAUGUAGUGAUCCUUCUCUGGGAAACCAGGUCGCCAGUUGUCUUGCGAGAACGGGACGAGGGUGGAUGGACCUUUUGUGGUGAUUGUUACGUCGAAGGAAUCAUGGAUGGUGAAUUUAUGGAAACGGCGUGGAAGGAAGAAGAAUUUUCAAUCUUUUGA